AUGGCCACAGGUAUGCAGAUCAAUCUUAGACUCUGAAAAGCGUGUUGAAGAACUCCUAGGUACCUUGAGCAGGAUUGCAAACUUUGAUGACUUUCAAAAAAAGGAUCAGGCAAUUUCCAAAGGGCGGGACUUUCAAUGGGGAAGAUAUUCCUUGGGGAAGCGGCCAUAAUUGUGGUAGAACGCAUGCUUUGCAAGCAAAAUGCAAUGUUGGGGAAAAGGCUUGCCUAGAAUUCUGAAAGGCUGAAAGGAGAACCGCUGACCCUGCCACUGUUGCUCGACCCGCCAACCAAAGGCCAUGGUGGCUGGGGCUGAUGGGAUUUGGAGUCCGACAACAUCGAGAGGGCAACAGGUUCCCUACCCUUAUGGUACACAACUCUGAAUGUGAUGUACCAAUAACCCUAUGUUCCAAACGAGCACUAGCUACUGUGGCAAGCUGCAGCCUCCAUGCUCAAAGACUGCGAGCCUGAGUAAAAGAUGCAACAGGGUACCAUUAAGCUGCUUUCCUUCAUGUCUUGCUUGCAAAAAUCUAUUCUACCCAGAAAGUUGUGAGUACCAGUUUUCAACUAUGAUGAGAAACUCCCCACCAGCCCUUGGAAGACAACCCAGCCCCUGCCUCACCCAACAUCCAGCACACAUCUAUUCAGAUGCUCCCCCCUCAAAAAUACACCCCACUGUUAUUCUGGAGCAGAACCACAAGCUACCAUCAGAAGCGCAUUAAUACAAUACAGACGCACACAUUCAUACUUGCAAGUAUAAACACGCAAAUAUAUACGGUACGUGAAUUGUUGUUUAGUUGUGUUCGACUCUUCGUGACCCCAUGGACCAGAGCACGCCAGGCACUGUCUUUGUCCAUGGAGUUUUCUUGGCAGGGAUACUGGAGUGGCUUGCCGGUUCCUGCUCCAAUAUACAUGCAUAAAGGUAAAGGGACCCCUGACCGUUAGGUCCAGCCGUGGCAGACUAUGGGGUUGUGGCUCUCAUCUUGCUUUUUUGGCCGAGGGAGCCGGGGUACAGCUUCCGGGUCAUGUAGCCAGCAUGACUAAGCCGCUUCUGGCGAACCAGAGCAGUGCACGGAAACACCGUUUACCUUCCCGCCGGAGCAGUACCUAUUUAUCUACUUGCACUUUGAGGUGCUUUCGAACUGCUAGGUUGGCAGGAGCAGGGACUGAGCAACAGGAGCUCACCCUGUCGCGGGGAUUCGAACCACCGACCUUCUGAUCGGCAAGUCCUAGGCUCUGUGGUUUAACCCACAGCGCUACCUGCGUCCCAUAUACAUGCAUACAUACUUGCAAAUAUAUAAACAUACAGGCAUACAAACAUGAAAAUAUAUACAUAGACACAUGCACAGUUGCACAUGCAGAGCCAGGAUUUGGGGGGGGGGGAGGGCAGGCUUUGGUUAGAGAGAGCAGAAUCUCAGAUUUGUAUUGAUUUUGAUUGCCCACCCAUUGGCUACGCCCAUGCAUAUGAAUAAAUACAUGCAAAUACAUACAUACAUACGCACGCAUGCACGCUUACAUACUUGCAAAUCUAUACACACAUACUUGCAAAUAUAUAUACAUAUACCCGGUACACGCAUUCAUGCUUACAUACGUUCUUCCAAAUAUAUAUACAGUACAUAUACGCCCAUCCACCCCGCAUGCACAUGCAUGCAACCUCUUCUGCUAAACUACAGGCAAUUCCCCCCCCGCGCAGCACGUGCGCACGCGCAACCCUCCUCCUCCGCCUCCUUCCUACCAAUUCCCUUCCGAAGACUCUGCGCGCGCGUGGGCGUGUUCCUUUUCCCCCCGCCCCCCUCUGAGCCAACGUUCUCUCCUCCUCCUCCUCCUCCUCCUCCUCCGCCGCCGAGUCGUCGCCUGCUUCUGCUUCUUCUUCUGCGUCUUCUUCCCCCGGAAGUGGGCGGGGCAGAAAAGGGCGGGGAGAGGGAGCAAACCGGGAGAGGCAUUUCCGCUUCCGGUUUGCCUUGACGUGUUCCCGCCUCUUCGAAUCCGGUCGGGGAGAAAAGAAAAAAAAAAAAGAGUGAGAGAAAGAGAAAAAGCCCGGAGCGCUUUGGAAGAGGAGGUGGCGGUGGCAACAAAGAGCCUUUCGCCUCAGCUCCCUCCGUCUCGGCCGCUGACUUCGCUUCCGGUAAACUGGCUGGGGGGGGGGAAGGAAGAGUCAGGGGUUGGUAGUUAUGGCAACUGCCCUACUACCCCCCCCACACCGUCGGGGUCCCCCACCUUUUCUCUCCCCCCCCCAAGACCUCUAAGGCCUGGUCCGCCUCCCUCACGGAGCCCGCCUUCUCCUCGCUUUCUUUUGAACCCGGGAAGAAGCUGGGAGAGAGGGAAGCGUGGCUGGCCAAAGAGGCGGGCGGGCGGGAAAGUGCCCUGUUCAAACCUCGCCUUGGACAGCGCUUGAAAGGGGGCGGGGGGAGUUCGCUGCUGGCUGGCGCUCUUGUGGUGGUGGUGGUUGUCGUUGCUGCUGCGAAAAGUGCGCCUGUUUGGAAGUAUAGUGGUACCUCGGGUUACAGACGCCUCAGGUUACAGACUCCGCUAACCCAGAAAUAGUACCUCGGGUUAAGAACUUUGCUUCAGGAUGAGAACAGAAAUCGUGCUCAGGCGGCACGGCGGCAGCAGGAGGCCCCAUUAGCUAAAGUGGUACCUCAGGUUAAGAACAGUUUCAGGUUAAGAACGGACCUCCAGAACGAAGUAAGUACUUAACCCAGGGUACCACUGUACUGUAAAGGCCAACUCUUACCCAAAUGGGCUUUGCUCCCAAUUAAGUGCAAGCUGCUUAAAUGCAGUUUAAAUAAUAAUCACUGGUUAUUUAUACCCUGCCCAUCUGGCUAGGUUUCCCCAGCCCCUCAGGGCGGCACCCAACAGAAUAUUAAAAACACGACAAAACAUCAAACGUUAAAAGCUUCCCGAAGUAGGGCUGCCUUCAUAUGUCUUCUAAAAGUCUGGUAGUUGUUGUUCUCUUUGACAUCUGGUGGAAGGGCGUUCCACAGGGCAGGUGCCACUACCGAGAAGGCCCUCUGAAUUGAACUUCUCCCCUAUCAGAGGAGAGCUGAACUGACUUACUGAAAUCUCUUGCUUUAGGAAUCUCUAGGAAAGGAGGAAGACAACCGGGGCCACUGGGCAGGAUCAAGGUAUGGAGAGAAGGCUAUGUUCUGUAUUACAGCUAUGUACAUUUGCGUUUUGUUUGUACUGUGAAGCCCGGAUGGAAGGCGGUAUUUAAAUUUAAUGCAUCGUGGUGA